AUGACUGCAAACUCUACAUUCCGCCAGGGAGUCCCUUGUGAUACCGUUGGUCUGGGCAAGUCUUCCACAUCAUUGCUCGCCGCUCUCGAGAUCAAGGAAGUCAGACAGAUAUAA